GGCGAUUUUCAUAAGGCUAUCAGUUACCACGAGCGUCGUCUACAAAUUGCAAAAGAAGUGGGAGACAAAGCUGGAGAAGGACGGGCUUAUGGAAAUCUUGGCAAUGCCUAUCAUGGCUUAGGCGACUUUCAUAAGGCUAUCAGUUACCACGAGCGUCGUCUACAAAUUGCAAAAGAAGUGGGAGACAAAGCUGGAGAAGGACGGGCUUAUGGAAAUCUUGGCAAUGCCUAUCGUAGCUUAGGCGAUUUUCAUAAGGCUAUCAGUUACCACGAGCGUCAUCUACAAAUUGCAAAAGAAGUGGGAGACAAAGCUGGAGAAGGAGGGGCUUAUGGAAAUCUUGGCAAUGCCUAUCAUAGCUUAAGCGACUUUCAUAAGGCUAUCAGUUACCACGAGCGUCAUCUACAAAUUGCAAAAGAAGUGGGAGACAAAGCUGGAGAAGGAUGGGCUUAUGGAAAUCUUGGCAAUGCCUAUGAUAGCUUAAGCGACUUUCAUAAGGCUAUCAGUUACCACGAGCGUCAUCUACAAAUUGCAAAAGAAGUGGGAGACAAAGCUGGAGAAGGACAGGCUUAUGGAAAUCUUGGCAAUGCCUAUGAUAGCUUAAGCGACUUUCAUAAGGCUAUCAGUUACCACGAGCGUCAUCUACAAAUUGCAAAAGAAGUGGGAGACAAAGCUACAGAAGGACAGGCUUAUGGAAAUCUUGGCAAUGCCUAUGAUAGCUUAGGCGAUUUUCAUAAGGCUAUCAGUUACCACGAGCGUGAUCUACAAAUUGCAAAAGAAGUGGGAGACAAAGCUGGAGAAGGACGGGCUUAUGGAAAUCUUGGCAAUGCCUAUCAUAGCUUAGGCGAUUUUCAUAAGGCUAUCAGUUACCACGAGCGUCAUCUACAAAUUGCAAAAGAAGUGGGAGACAAAGCUGGAGAAGGACGGGCUUAUGGAAAUCUUAUGCCUAUCAUAGCAGGCGAUUUUCUAAGGCAACGAGCGUCUUCUACAAAUUAUGGGAAACAAAGCUGGAGAAGGAGGGCUUAUGCAAAUCUUGGCGCCUAUGAUUUCGAUUAAGGCUAUCAGUUACCACGAGCGUCAUCUACAAAUUGCAAAAGAAGUGGGAGACAAAGCUGGAGAAGGACGGGCUUAUGGAAAUCUUGGCAAUGCCUAUGAUAGCUUAGGCGAUUUUCAUAAGGCUAUCAGUUACCACGAGCGUCAUCUACAAAUUGCAAAAGAAGUGGGAGACAAAGCUGGAGAAGGAGAGGCUUAUGCAAAUCUUGGCAAUGCCUAUCGUAGCUUAGGCGAUUUUCAUAAGGCUAUCAGUUACCACGAUCGUCAUCUACAAAUUGCAAAAGAAGUGGGAGACAAAGCUACAGAAGGACGGGCUUAUGGAAAUCUUGGCAAUGCCUAUCAUAGCUUAGGCGACUUCCAUAAGGCUAUCAGUUACCACGAGCGUGAUCUACAAAUUGCAAAAGAAGUGGGAGACAAAGCUGGAGAAGGAGGGGCUUAUGCAAAUCUUGGCAAUGCCUAUCGUAGCUUAGGCGAUUUUCAUAAGGCUAUCAGUUACCACGAGCGUCAUCUACAAAUUGCAAAAGAAGUGGGAGACAAAGCUAGAGAAGGAGGGGCUUAUGGAAAUCUUGGCAAUGCCUAUGAUAGCUUAAGCGACUUUCAUAAGGCUAUCAGUUACCACGAGCGUCAUCUACAAAUUGCAAAAGAAGUUGGAGACAAAGCUAGAGAAGGACAGGCUUAUGGAAAUCUUGGCAAUGCCUAUUAUAGCUUAGGCGAUUUUCAUAAGGCUUUCAGUUACCACGAGCGUCUUCUACAAAUUGCAAAAGAAGUGGGAGACAAAGCUGGAGAUGGACGGGGUUAUGGAAAUCUUGGCAAUGCCUAUCAUAGCUUAGGCGAUUUUCAUAAGGCUAUCAGUUACCACGAGCGUCAUCUACAAAUUGCAAAAAAAGUGGAAGACAAAGCUGGAGAAGGACGGGCUUAUGGAAAUCUUGGCAAUGCCUAUCAUAGCUUAGGCGAUUUUCAUAAGGCUAUCAGUUACCACGAGCGUGAUCUACAAAUUGCAAAAGAAGUGGGAGACAAAGCUGGAGAAGGAGGGGCUUAUGGAAAUCUUGGCAAUGCCUAUCAUAGCUUAGGCGAUUUUCAUAAAGCUAUCAGUUACCACAAGCGUCAUCUACAAAUUGCAAAAGAAGUGGGAGACAAAGCUGGAGAAGGACGGGCUUAUGCAAAUCUUGGUAAUGCCUAUGAUAGCUUAGGCGAUUUUCAUAAGGCUAUCAGUUACCACGAGCGUGAUCUACAAAUUGCAAAAGAAGUGGGAGACAAAGCUGGAGAAGGACGGGCUUAUGGAAAUCUUGGCAAUGCCUAUCAUAGCUUAGGCGAUUUUCAUAAGGCUCUCAGUUACCACGAGCGUGAUCUACAAAUUGCAAAAGAAGUGGGAGACAAAGCUGGAGAAGGACGGGCUUAUGGAAAUCUUGGCAAUGCCUAUGAUAGCUUAGGCGAUUUUCAUAAGGCUAUCAGUUACCACGAGCGUCAUCUACAAAAAGCAAAAGAAGUGGGGGAUAAAGCUGGAGAGAGACGGGCUUAUGGAAGUCUUGGUAAUGCCUUUCAUAGCUUAGGCAACUUUCGUAAGGCAAUCGAGUACCGUGAGCGUCAUCUACAAAUUGGAAAAGAAGUGGGGGACAAGGCUGGAGAAGGAGAGUCAUACGGUAAUCUUAUCUUAUACUCUUAAUCAAUGCAUAUCCGAGCUUUCGCGAUUUUCAUGACUCCAGCCUAAAAUUGUCCUGGAAAAAUCAAAGGAUAAAAGUUUGCUUGAGUGUUACAUCUACAUUAUAAAUUUCAAAGUUGAAAAAUUCUCUUACCGCUCGACCUAGUCUGCCAAAGGAUUCCACCUCCAAUUUCUAGGAUUUUUCAAAGCCGUUUUAAAAUUUUAGAAUCCCAGAGUUUUGCGACAAAAGAGAAUUUUUGCCUCUGUAGUAAACUGAUUUCAGUUCAGCUACACGCUGUUCGUAGCUUUUGCGAUAAUUAAUCGACAAGUUUAUCACGGUCUUGCCUAUUUAAUUAAUUUUGUCCAGAUUUUACUUGGGACAAAUUUGUCGGCGAUGUGUUUCACGAUUUGUCGGCUUUGGCCAAAACUUGUCAAAAUUUAGUGAUGACGAAAAAAUUGUUUUAAAUAAACAAUUUUUUCGUUAGUGCGGAAAGACCCCAUGUUGAACAAUUUUGGUUGAACAGAUAUUGGGAAUUAAGUGGUAGUAAAUGUCCGUUAUAUUGUAUACUGAAACCAAACACCUCAAAAUAAUAAUUUCCCCAGCCAAAGAGGAGGAUGAGGUACCUUAUUACACCGGCAGGAAAGAUUUGGCAGAUAUAGAAGAUGCAACAGUAGACACUGAAGACAAUGAAAAGACUUUGAUCAAAAGGUAUGGGUUUUUCUGCAAUGACUCAGUUUUUUGCCUUUCCCAUGCUUUUUUUUCUCAUGGAUGCACAGACCAUUGUAAAGAGCAGGGUUGGAGUUGCUAGGAGGUGUUAACUAAUGGCAACUUUUGACAAAGUGCUCUGACUAAAGAACAACCCUCCGGACCUCUUUAUAAAUGACAGUUAUUUUCUUUUAUUUUCUUUUAUUUUUAAUCUUUAGUUAAUAAAGUUCAUGCUUAAUAACUGUAAUGCUAUUAAAAAUUUAUUACAUUCGUGCUCAAAUCACUGGUGAUCCUUGCAAUCUGAUUGGUUCUCAUUGGCACGAUUUAUCGAUAAAAUGCACUAUUUUUUGCACUAAAGUGCAUCGAUUUCCCAGCUAAUGAGAAAGCUCCACGAAAGUACAGCAACAAAUUAGAUUUAACCGAUUGUUUUAGGAAAUCAAUAAAAUUGCAGACAAAAAGAAAGACAACUUUUAUAACAUUUUACACACCAGCUCAGUACUGGAUAAAUAACAUACAUGUAUUUCUACCGGCUUUAAAAAAAUCUUUAUUCAUUUAGCAACUGAAUUUUCAAAUUUAAAAUAAAUGUAAUGAAGUGGUAAUUGAACUUUUUCCAUGCACUUUUGGUCUGAAAUCAUACUGGUGAUUUCUAAGUCUAAUGCUGCUGCACAAUCCUUUGAUUCAGAUGUCACGCGUAUGAUUUCAGAACAAAGUUUACUCCACCCAGUUCAAUUACCAUGUUCUACAGGUAUUCAACAUUUUUUUUCAGUGUUUCCAUCAGUAAAGGGGUACUUACUUAUUAUCAAAAAUGAUAGUGAAUCAUUUAAAUAAAUUUUUUGAUUUAUGAUUAUAACUUGAGGCUAUUUGAGUCAAGGAAAAGCAAAUUAAUGGAAAAGAAAAGAUAAAUAAAGAAAAAUAACAUUUAUUAGAUCUAGUUUUGAAAUUAAGUGUCAAUAUCUGAAUGAGUUUUUCAAACUGCCAGUUUGCCACUUGCAUUUUAAAUACCUUUGUCAUUGCCUACUCCACUUGGGAAAAAUAUCUUAAAAUGCUAGAUAAUUAAUUUCCUUUGCAUUUCAGAGGAAAAAUCGGAGGUAUGGAAGACUCAUGGCACCUGAGGGAAGCUGGUGCCUCUAUCAAAAUUUGCAGUGGAGCUGUACAACAACCUGUGCCAUUUACAUGUAGAUGCUUAUUGUGGAACCCCAGGACCCUCUCCCCCUCCACUGCCAGUGAUGAGAUAUUGGUUAGCAGUGUUAUUGAAAUAUCUCAUGAUGACCCACCAGAUCUGGAUUACAAGAAAAGUUUUGAAGGAGUAAGUUUUACUAUAUCUUUGAUGCACAGUGCCCCAUAUUUGGAGGGGUAUGAGGUGGUUAUCAAGCAACUGACUGACCAAGAGAACAAUGAAUGGAAGGAAUUAAAGACAGAGAAUACUUGGCAUGGAUCAGGUAACGUUAUGUUUUUAUUAAAUACAGGUGUGAAUAACUUAAUGAAUGAUCAUGAUAUUCCUAGGCUCCCUUUUUCACUGGCAUCAAUGUCAGCAUUUGAGAAAUGUGCAGCUCCCCCUCUCCUAACCCAAAAUUAAACCCAACUUGUAACCCGAACUUAUCAGUUGACUUAAGGGAGAAGGAGUAGGUGUGCAAUGACUUAGAUGCGGACAUCUAUCCCUGCAAUGCAUGACCUGCUGCACUCAUAAUAUCAAAGUAGACUUCUUGCUUCUUCAUAGGCAUUUCAAAUCCAACUUUAGAACUUUUUUUUCAGCAGUACGUGUAAUUAUUGCACAAAUGUUACAUGAAGUCUCCAAUGCAUUUUAAUCACUAUAAUAAAAAUUUUCCUCAAUAACCAUGUUGCUGCAAACUUUAUUCUUUGAAGCAUAAAUAUCAUAAUGACAUCUGUUGGGGGGUAACUUUAUUGUUUGAAGACUUCAAAACACAGCUGAAGGAUGCAUUUCCAAUCAUUUAUUUUUAUAUGCAGAAACUUCAACAGUUCCCAAGUGGCUUUUCCCAUUUGCACAAGCUGUUUGUACAAAAUCAGCAGUUUCUUCAUUUGCUGCAGUCUGGCGUCCUAAGUCUUUCACCUUUUCAAGAGGUACUGCAGGGGGCCCGGAAUUGACCUGUAUUGUGCCUGACCUUCCUGAUGUCAGUGUCCAAAUUCCUCAGAGUUGUGUUCCUGUUUAUCAAGAUUUCUGUGUGACAAUCAAGGUGCAUGGAACUAUAAAAUUAUAUACAUGCAUGAGUCCUGCAACUUUUUCAUUUUCCAGUUUUGAAAGCCAUAGGAUUGGCGUGAGGGGAUUGUCAAAAGCAAGGAGAUAAAACAAAGGUGUUGCAAUAGUAUAACCUGUACCCUCAGUUACUUGCCAUACACUCCAUGAAAUUGGUGGCAAUAUUCAUGGAAAGAGAGAUAUUAAUUAACAACUUUAAGCUAAAAUAGAGGACAGUUGGGCUUGUGCUUGCAUGUGUGUGAAGAUACAUGUGGUAAAGUUCUGAUCAGUAGUUUUGGUAACUUCGAAUUAUUUGUGGUACUACUGUCCCCAUGUGUACUCAUGGAUCCUAGGCAUUCCCUUUUUAAAAUUAGGUUUCGGAAAACUCAUUCUAAGCAACAAACAGACUUUUGCUUCGAUAUAAAUGUCAAAUUGAAAUCAUUCCUGUCAGGUAAAUUGGUUUGUAUUGGUUUGUAAUUAAUGCAAUUAGUGGAUGAAGUUAUGCAUGAUAUCAUGAUGAAUUAGCAAAACCAAGGUCUGAGUUAUCUACGUAAGCCGAAGACAACACAGACAUAAGAUUUGGUGAGUUAUGACAUCAUGCAAUAACCAAAUUAAAUUAUUGUUUUAUUAUACAUCUUUUAAACAAAUUACGAAAGAAGACAUCUCUUCAAAUUUGCAAAAGUUUAAGAAUACUUCACAGACAGUCAGGGCUUGGAAACUAGGCAGAGGUUGAACUCGACAUGAUAACUGCAAUAUCUGCGGUAGAUAUUGGGUUAUAUGUAAACUUCACUCUUUACUGUAUAUUGAUUGAGUGCUCUUGACCAAUCAGACUUUUUAUAUUAAGUCCAGUGUAUACAUUUUACAUAAUAAUGCUUAUAUUACUACAUAAAACUUUGAAAGGACAUUUACAUUGUGUACUAUAAUUUUAGAUAAUUUCAAAAUUUCAUCCUGAAAUUCACUUUCCACAAUGUAAAGCAAAUUAUCUUUAUGCUGGGAGUGGUUUAACAUGCCCAACAACUUGUUUUGCUUUUAAAUCCAGGUACAAGAAUCCCCAAGCAGUGAGCUAAAAGGUGAGGGAGGACUUGUCGGUCCAGUUAUUUACAUUUCAGGCUCUCAAAAUGUUAGUCUCAUCGCGCCUGUAACAAUAAGGAUUCCUCUCACCUUCCGUAAAGAAAAACAAGAGUUGGCAGAGUUACGUCCCGGUGAACUGAGGAUAUUACAAUGUGAAGCACAUGACUGGAAAGACAUUACAGAUAAAUUAGAUGAACCGCCACGUCUUGUAGAUGGGAAAGUGCAAUUUAAAGUUAGGCAUUUCUCUGGGUAAGUAUUUCUCGUCGGCUUUAUUUGAAAAAUAAUACGCAUGACGUAGAGGAAAUUCAAACGUAUUUUAGUGUACAGUCAUACAUACCUGGAUUUCUUUUAGUUAACUAUAGAUUCAAUAAUUGAAAUGACCACUCGAGUACGUAUAUACUCAAGAUUACUGUGCAAUGGCUGAUAAUCGUUUCCAUUGGAUUGCUUGGGCUGUGUUUGAUUUUUCCUUUUCUUUUUCGAUAGAUUCCGUCCAAUCAAGUUGAUGAGAUCACUUUUACAAUCUACUUCGGGCUUCACUGAGUUUGUAGGAAAACUUUGCAAUAGGUCUAGGCCUCAGCAUGCCCGGUUUUUUACGUGCUUGUGUGAGACCGGUGUUCGUGGACGUUUUAAACUCAAACUUUUUUGCUAUCCUCAAAGACUGUAUUAUGAUGUAAUACGGAAUAUAUCGGAAUGUGUCGUACCCUACAAAGACGAAGGCUGCUCUUCUAAACCAGUCUGUGGAGAGGAGAAAAUUUUGGUGUCUCUUUCCGAGGCUAUCAUACCCCAGGACACAGACCAGAAAAAUGCCCUGCAGUUUGUGAGGUAUAAUAUAAUAAAAGUUAUUUCUGGCCCAUCAAGUACAUAUGAUUUACUUGAAUACUUCUAGGUUACGUCAUGCUAGUUUUACAUAGAAAUGAUUUAUUCCUUCCAUUGUAAAAUUGUACAUUGUUCAACUGUCAGUGAACCAUUUUUCGCCAUGGCUUUUCUAGGUUUCUUAUCAAUCAAUAGGGCCAUGGAGAUAUACAUGUUGGUUUUGUUUCGGCUUUAUUGUCUUCAAAUGCUCGUUUUUAAAUAUUCAGUAGGGCUCUCGUUAAAUGUGCUGUCAUUUUCGGUUGUAAGAAAAGAUUUCAAAACGUGUGCUUUUCUAGACGAAGACUCGGCUGGUGUACGUUAGGUUUGCCUCAUUUAAAUUCAUUUCAUUUUUAACAGAUUCCACGAGAACAAAGUUUAUUACACAGGUGGUGAAGUUUGCUUAGGAAGUGAGAGUGUUCCAGGAGUGAAGUUUUGCGACCAAAAUCAGGAACUUUUGUGCAACAUUAUCAUGGUAUUAGCGUCUCAAGUAGGUGACAUCUCACGGUUUGUGGAUUUGCUAAUUAAAUGCACUUUUAGCCCAGAGCUAAUAAAGUACUGAUGCCAACCUUACUACAGUAGAUGACAAUUAAUUAAAAGGAUUAGCAAUGCUUUAACCACAGGCAGCCCAAGCUCCAGUUGUGAGAUGAUCAUCUUGCGAAAUAAGAGUCAUGGCGAAAAUUUUAGUUUAUAUUGGAAUAAUUACGACCGCUCUUAGGAAGUAAAAAUACAGUCAAAUUCUCAAUAAAAAUAUCUCACCUUACUUCCAAAGUGCAUUGUCUGUGGUCAGACCGCUUACUAAGAUGAAAAGAAGCCAUUUUAGCAAGUUCUCCAUUUUUAGGUUUCUUUCUCCUAGGAGUAGUAAAGCUAGUUUCCGAGUAAGAUAAUGAGGUCAUUUAAGGCGGCACGAAACUUAUUAAGGACGAAUCUGAGGAACGUCGAAUAGGUAAAGAAAUGUCCUACCCACAGAAAACAGUACAUGAACAUGCAGGACCUUGCAAAUUUUUUAUUUUGAUUUUGUGAUUACUUUACUUUUCAGUUGCUUUAAAGUCCCUUUCUAUGCCUCUGCCUUUUUUCUUAAUUAUUUUUCCUUUUUCUUAUUAAUUAGUAAAUUUCUUUAUUUCCUCAUUUCUAUUCACCUUAUACGCACCCGUAAAAAUUGCAAAUUUUCCUCCUCCAUUUAGGUUUCUAUUCCUGUCACCUCUGACUUUGAAGAAGGAAGUGGUAAGUUGUUGUUUUUGUUGUAGGUUUUGUUGUUGUUCGAAUAAAUACAAUUUACUGGACUAGUCAUCUUGUUCUAAAAUAUGUCGUUCGAAUAAAUACAACUACUUAACACCAGUCAUCUUGUUCUAAAAUAUGUAAAUUCAGAAAUGUAGGCUCUAGGGGUUUUUAAAAUGUAGCUUUUAGUGACAAAGCACGUGUUCUCAACGGAAAGUCAUAAUAACCUGCCUUACUUCAUGCGUUAAUAGAUCGGGCCGUGCCCCCCCUCACGCUCAACAGUGAUGGCUUAUUGUAUCUGUUAUGUAUCCGUAAACUCAAUGCAGACCACGGUGCGUGCGUCCCUCCUUGCAGGGAAUUUGAUGCUGAAAACGAAUAAAGCACAAAACGGCUUGGCAAAGACACAAAGAAGUGUAAUUCUCUAGAAAUUAUUCCGUUGGCUGUAUGGUUAAAAUGAUGGAGUAACUCUGACAGUGAUAAAUCGUUUGCACCCGCUAUUGCUUUGCAAAUGAAAUCUUAAAUCGAAUAUUUUCCCAUAUAACGGCCCCCAUCGUCAAAUUUGUCAAUGCUCAUUGUUACUUAUAAGAGAAAUCGACAAAACGUACCACUUUAAUUUGUGAUCGCUGGGUCAUACCCGAAUGAUCACAGUCCAGGAUCACCACAUCAACGUUUCCGAACCAUCAGCGCCAUAAAAAUUGCAUUAGUUCUCAAGCCAGCCAUCUCAUUAACCCCAUUAUUCUGCAGGUAUUUCCUCCCAAAGUGUGAAACAUUCAAUUGUAAAGCGUCCAAAUUCAGAAUCAUCGUCAUGCAGCCCUGUUGCAGCUCCUAGGAAGAGGAUACGCCAAUCUGCAGGUAGUACCGAGAUUAAAAAUGUCGCGAUGGAUUUUCCUUUUUAAUUGUUUUUUAUUCAAGUUUGCAUGUUGUUGGUACGCGUUUAUGUAUGGUAAAAUUUGUUUAUGCAGAAAGACUGGCAUUAUAUUUCUUAGACAUCCUCUUUACCCACUUAUAUAAGAGAAUAAAAAAUAAUGAAUUAAAAGUGGGCUCUAUCAUUAAUCCAACACCCGUGUAUCUUGAACUACAUUAACCUAUUCCAGCAUUAACGGCUGGAGACUAUAGCUAAGAGACGUUAAUGACCGCCAUUUUCAAGAUGCUUGUCGGGCCAUAGGCGAAAUAAGAGGUCAGAAAUAGAUAAUGAGUCUGGAAAACUUCCUAAGCGUUUUUAUUUUCUUUUUAUGUAUGGGUUGGGAAAAUGGUUUCCCUGCCUCUGCAAAUGUCUCCUCGCCCAAGCUUGACAAUCUCAAGGGCUGACGAUUCGGUAUUGAAUGAUACCAAAAAAAUAGAAGUCGCCUUUCGCCACAACUGUUUGCUAUUCGCCAAAGCCUUGAAGCAUCCCUUUUCUAAUUUCUUAUUCUCCCUCUGUUGUUAUCCUCAGGUAUCUAUUUGGUUAAAGAUGGGGAACCGUCAAAUGAGGAGUUGGAAUAUCUGUCCAGGAAACUUGCGAAAAAAUGGACGAAAUUAGGAAGACGACUGGGAUUCGACGAAGCUGAAAUAGAUGACUUUGAUCAAGCCAAUGAGGAGCUGGCAGAGAAGGCUUAUAAAAUGUUAAUGGGUUGGAAAGAAAAUGUAGGCUCCGGAGCCACUUACAAAGUUUUGUACGAUGCCUUAUGUCACGAAUUGGUGAAACGUAAACUUCUAGCAGAGCGGUAUUGUUGCGAUGAGAUUUUAGGAAAUGCCUCUCCUUAGUCAUAUACUAUAGAGACUGAGUCGUUUCUGUAUUACGUCAAAUAUCUUUGUGAGUACUCUAAAGAGCGUCUGUGUCGAGCAUUCGCGCCUAGUAAGUCGUUCGUUUUCCUCUCGAUUUAACAUAGGAGAAAAAUUAUCUCUAAAGAAAACAUAUUUACUUGGAUUUUUGCACUCAAGAACCGCUAGCUAAAGAAUGCUAAGGUCGGAAUUCACUCAGACGUCCAGAGCGAGAGCUGAAUAACGUCUGUGUAUGCGCCACGCUUUGGCGCGGAAAACGAAUUUUGAGUCGUUUGCACGUUCGAUUUUCUAUGCUAUAGAUUCUAGGCGUUUUUUGCCUUGCGGCUUUUUUUUUUACAGAAUAACUUCCAGAAUAACUUCCAGAAACUUUGUACACCCUCUAGAUAUUUUCAAAUUUAAUUUUCUUCUUAAAAACACUGGAAAUAGGAAAAUGCCUUCAACGACAACAAAAUACCUUGGUUUUAAAUGCCAGCCCUAUUUUUUGCCGCAAAUUUCGCUGAAUUUUAACCUCGAGCGCUUGAGCCCGUGUUAUUGGCCGUAUAACUGUGACGUAGCAUUUUUUUAUUUAGCUCUGUCAUCCAUAUAACUGUGACGUAGUUUUUUUUGUUUAGCUCUGUCGUCCAGAGCAUGUGAAGUACAUUACUACACUCAAGCAUCUUAUCUCAUACUUAACAGCUUGACAUUAGAAUGUAUUUUCUCCUUACUAUUCUCUGUGCAUUUCCAAAGGAACAGACAAAGAGAAUUGGUUUAACAGUUAAGAGCUUCUUAAGUUAGUGAUCAGUUACUAUAUUCUCGUGUUCUUAAUUUUUGAUUUAGGUUGACACUGUAAGGAAAAAUUAGAUGCUAGACACUAUUUGAGUUGUAUUAAUCGUUUGUGGUUAGCUUGAAGUAACAGCGUAAUUUUGCAUAGAGUGAGAUUCCCCUUGUCUCAGUGUGGUGGAUAAGCAUAAAACGUGUAACGGCCUUAGAUUAUAAAAUUUGUAGAUGCUGAGCUACCUUUUUUUUCUUAAAAAGUGUGAAAGUUCAGCAAAAAUCAAAUACAAAAUGUCUCUUUCUAAGGCUUAACUCCCAUGAUUCUUUGUGGUUUAUAGAGGUUUCGCCCCAUUGAAAGUUCAACAACAAGUUCACCCCUGCUUCGACGAGUGGUCCCUGUCACAUAUAAUAUAGAUUUACAUAGCCAACCCUAAAAGCGGAGUUCCAGUCAGUUUAUUUUCCAGCCCUUCAACUUCUAAAAAUUCCUAUGCACUGGCUCUCGAAGAGUUAACGAGAUGUGGAACGGAAGGACGAUAUUCUCACAACUUGCAAAGUGAUCAACAUAUCAACAUGCGUGCUAGUCAGCGGUAUUUUCAAGCAGCUGAAGACUUUCGUUGACAUUCCUUAUCGUUUGAACGGAUUGUCCAGAAUAUAGAAUGUUUUCUUCCCUAGAUGUCUGUAUCGGUUGAAAUGAUAUUUUAUUGCCCGUGUUUGUUAAUUUUGGUUUAGACAGAAUGAAACGACGUUAAACGACUUCGAGUUAAGAUCUAGAUAUCACCGGUCCAUUGAAGGGUUUACACGCGGGAUCAGUAGUCACUGAAACAAUGUGCCAGAAUCCUACUUAACAUCUCUUAUACCUUCUCCUGGUGUCGCCAUUAUGACUGUUUACUUCAACGGUUUUUCUCUAAACUAUCAAACUCCUCUGAUAAGCGUAGAAAAUUAAAAAGAAAAGUCACAUUUCAACUCUUGUCGAUGUUUAAAUUCUCCUCUUUCAAGUGCUCUGGCUGCAAAGACCUAUGCUGUAAUUGCAUAUCAAUGUACAUGUCUUUAAACCGUCCUCUAUCCUGGCAACUAUUGCGACUGAAAUUCUAAAUUUGUCAACCAUCUGGUUCUUACGCUGCGAAAGUUAGAUUUCAACGAAGACGGGCUAGAACUAGAAUAUCUUUGUGCAUUACAGAAACUAAUCCAAAGAUCAAUUAAGUUUUAUAUUUAGUUUUAAAGUUGAGUCGAUAUUACUAUUGACCCAUGAAAGAGAUUCAAAAGUCUGAUAUGGUAGCUUCUAUGAAAUUCUGUCCUGGAAACUGGAGUUGUGACAACAUCACGGUUACCAUGAAAAACAACAAUACAUUUUAUUGAUCUGAAAAAGUAUUCAUUUGACCAUCAACUAAGACUUUCACUAGUUCACUCGGACAAAAUUUUAACAUAAGAGAUUUUAAAAGGGCUUGAGUAUUUGUUAAAAUUGGCCAACUUGAUGCAACAACUCAGGAUAUACAUUGAAUGCGCACUUUUUCUAACAUUUUUUGAUUAAUGCAGUUACCUGCUGGCAAAACAUUAUGAUAUAUUUCAACCCAACCAUUUUCUUAUGAACACCAUUGUCAAAUAAUUAUGCUGGUACCCUGGCUAAAUAGAAAAAUGUGUAGUAUAUACAAAAUGUUUUAAAUGCCACAUUUAAACUAAGCGAACGACAUUGAGAAACGUGUAUAAGGGAACAGGGUCGCUUAUUUCUGUCAUUCAUUUGCUUCUCACACCUGUUGAGGACUAGUUCAUGAGGCUGGGCUGUCAGGGCGAGCAAGCCAUUAGAUUUAAGGGAAAUGUUAAUUAGGAAAGUGAUUAUUUUGGAGCCUGGAAAAUAUCAUUGUGUAAAGCCAUACAGGUACUAGCAAACUCAUUCUUAUAAACUAGUACGAGGAAGGAUACAAUAUUUUACUUCGUAGAUUUGAUUCACAGGCUGUGCACAAAAAUUUUACUGGGCUAUUAGAACUAAAAUCCCUAAGGAAUGAUAAAACGUAGCCGGGUUAACACUGAAGUCGCCUCUAGCGUUCAAGUCGUUGUUUUCAAAUGUCGGGUUUUUUUGCGAAUACAACGUGUAUGGUAUAAAGACAAUGGCUCCGAGAAGCCGAAUUAAGUACAAAGAUAAUAGAUUGAAAAUGAUUGAGAUCGUUGCAAAGAUGCUUGCAGCAAGGAUGCGUUAUUUCCAGAAAUAGAAGAAAAGGUCGGAGUUUGCCCCAGAUGGCCAAUACUGAGACAGGCUUAAACAUGGCUAGAAAUCGAGGUCAGUCAACGGCUGAUGUCGCGGACGCAACACGAGCUGCGUUUCACCUUACUGCGUCUGCGCAUCCCACUAAAAUCAAACAUCAGAAGAUGUCGGAAAUUACCUUUUACAAAGCCAUUGCCAUAGGUGUGAUUUCUAUCAUUUUCCUGUGUCUUGAUAAAAUCAUGCCACAAUUUCAGCAAAGGGUAGGGUACGUCCACAGCUAAGAUAAUAUUCCUUGUCACUUUCAAUCCCCAACUUCCAUUUUAAAAAUGAAUCAAAUGAAGGUGUAUCAGACAUUUUGCAGCGCUGAUAACUUCUUUAUUAAUUUCUUUCCGAGAUAUUGCUUGAGAAGCUGUUAAAAUCUUGUCCAAGUAAGAAGCUUACUAUUUUGUUUUUCAAGUCAAAUUAUUUUCGCGCCAAUGCUGCAAUCUAUGUCAAUCUUUGAGCCUUCAGUAGCUGCCCUGUAGCGGUUUUGUCCAUAACAGGCUAGGUUACUCUGUUUUUACAAAAUGGCGAUCGAAGAGUUCUUUGAUAUGUUUUCAGAUCUUAUAAUUUUAGUUUUUGGGUCAACGUCUCUACUGGGAACAAGACCCAUAAGAAAAAAAUUUUUUUGGACUUUUGGAAGUCGUUUGGCAGCGUGGAUUCACACUUUUAUGACUUCAAAUGGCCUUCAAUUAGAAGGUCGGCUUUCGAAGAGAUCGAACAGAUGUGGGCAAUUGAUAAAACAACCCUUGUUGUGGCUGCAGGAGAAGCUUUAGCUGACCAACAUAAGCCAUUUUAAGACUCUUAGGGCACCAAAAAUGUUUAAAGUUUCUUCGACUGGGACAGAUUGUAGCGAAAUCGUAAGAGUUUGAGAAUGGAGGUGAGUGAUCUGGACACUCUUCUAAUACAUUUCAGACGAGGGCAUUUUUAGUACACGCUUCCAGAAAAUUACUGAGUCUGAUUUUCAAAAUUUUUCCCACAGAAAGCCUUAUGCAGCCGCCAUAUUUAAACUCCGUAUUUUGUCUUUUAUGCGCAUGCUUAGCCGCCAUGAUGUCUUCAAUUUCUAGCCAUGACAACAGAUAUCAACGUCGCGAUAUUGUGACGAGUCGUUCAUAAAUUUAACAACCGGGCAAACGAAGUCAGGUUGAAAAGUUUUUUGCCACACAAGCAUUUCACGCCAAGUUUACUGCAAUCGUGGCAAUUAUUCGAUGGACCAUGCCUUUAGAAAAGGUUUCCCAUCUGCCAAAACCUUGUUUCAAUUUUUUUUCCGGUUUUGCUUCAGUACAGGCAGAAUCCUGCUGUGAAGAGACUAAAUUUGGCAACCAAUUGACAGCUGACAAAACUUUAAAAAAUAAACCAUUCAUAAUUUUUUUCGUCCUUAAGUUUCCUACAUUUUGGUUUUGGCAGAAUUUUGUAAGCGUGUUUAAGAAGGCUCUAAGGUCUGUUUGUUUGAUACGCAGCUAGUACGUAUCACAAAGACAAGUAAUUCCCAACUUCCGGUUGUAGCUCAAUUCAUUUCCGCUUUG